AUGCUUGUCUCCCUGACCGUCGGUAAGGUCGACGCAGGAGUCACAGUGCUGCUGACCCCAGACAAACGCCUGAUUGAGUUCCCGUCCAUCCUGCUGCCUCCCAAUAUCUCCUCCGGUAGUAUCGUGGACAUCACCGUUGGCCGCAACACCACAAAGGAAGCCGCUGCCGAAGACCAGUUUCGCUCUCUCCAAGACCGCAUCUUCCAGUCCUUUGGCGCCUCCGAGCCAGCUGCGCCAAUCCUGCGCUGCCGCAAUGCGACGCAGACUUCCGUUGUCCUGGAAUGGGACCCUAUCGAGCUCGCUACCGCCGACUUGAUAUCUCUGAGCCUGUACCGCAAUGGGCAAAAGGCCGGCAACAUCCCGCGGCCGCUGGAGAUGCACAGCACCAAGAUCAGCGGCUUGGCCGUCGACACCGAGUACAGCUUCCACCUGGUUCUGCGGACAAGCGCCGGCACGCGAGCAAGCGAAAAGGUGGUCGUACGAACCCACAAGAUGACGGAUCUGAGUGGAAUCACCAUCACAACGGGCAUCUUGCCGGCCGCGACGAGAGAGAGCCUGACCCGAGCGGUGGAGCGAAUCGGGGCCAAGAUUGUCGACGGCGUUCGCAUCGACACGACGCACUUUGUCACCACAGAAGGCAGAGGAACGGCCUGGGAGAAGGCUGUGGAGAACAACAUCCCCGUGGUGCGGCCCGAAUGGGUGACGGCCUGCGAGCAGAAUGGCAGAAUCUUUGGCGUGACCAAGUUCUAUCUUGACGUUAUGCGGCCAGGACCCCCCAGCGACGACCAGCUGCCUCCUCCUCCGGCAAAGGACCUGCCUCCCAAGGACCUGCCGCGACGACCAUCGCCGCAAGAGCAAGAAGCAGCUGGCAAGAAGUCUCCAGAGAGCAGGUCUCCCCCGACGGGACCAGCACCACCAGCAACACCUCCCAACGGGAAGAAGAGCCCAGAGAGUGGAGCCGAGGCUGGAUCCCAGGCACCCGCAGACGCAGAAAACGAGUCCGAUGCCCAGGAAGAACAAGAAGAAGGCGAAGCAGCAGAGCCAAAGGCCAAAUCCACAGAGCAGAAAGCGAGGACCAACGAUCAGGCCGAGCAAAAGGUCCGUCUAGAAGACGUACAGGGACAACUGCGACCCGGCGGUUCGCAAACAGCCAUAGUGGAAGAAGUUGCUGAGGGCGAGGAGGAAGACGAAGACGAGGACGAAAACAAGCCAGCAUCGCCGCCAGACGGAGCCUCAUUCCAAGAAGUGGAGCUGUAG